AUUUUGAUCCUUGCAUAUGUUUGUGAGGGCAUUAGGGAAUCCGGCGAGUGGGAUCCGCAUCUCUGACCCUCUGCUCUACACUCUACACUCGAAUUCAAAAAGGAAGCGCGAAACUCUCAUCUCUCUCUCUCUGUCUCUCUCUAGCUGCGUGCUUUUUUCUUGGAGUUUACCCACUGAGAAAACCCCAUCCCCAAGUUGUCUAAAACCCCACUUUUCAAGUUUCAAUCCCAUUUAAAUAAACCCCAUUUCGUUUUUUGAAAUUUUGAAUUUCAAUUCCAAUAGUAAAUUCGUAAACCCUCUUUGAUUUCUGUGUCUUCUCUUCUCAACUCUCACUUUAAAGUCCUACUCUCGUUUGUUUUCCCAAAUUCCCACUUGCAUUCUUUGCUUUGUUUGUGUUUUUGUUUCUGCAAAAUGAAGGGAAUCGAAGAUUGUUGUGUAAUCUCUUCACCCACCGAAGAAUUCGUGCGUUUAUUGGGAACCAAGAAGAAGAACUGAAUCUGGAGUGGCAAGAAUAAAAGGGAGAAAUGGAAAAGAGAGGAGGAGGAGGAGCAAGAAGAAUAUGCUACAUAUUCCUUGUCUGAGAGCUCUGGAAGAUUAGGAAUGGGACUUUUCGUGUUGAGAACUGUCUAAUUAGUAGCAUUUUUAAGGAAGGUAACAUAAAAACAUGAUGAAGACACAAGGAUAUAGUAAAGGAAGAGCACCAACAAAGGUGACUGCACAACAAUUAGUUUUUGAGUUAAAACAAAAAGUGGUUCUCGCACUAACCAAGCUUGCAGAUCGAGACACUUACCAAAUUGGGUUUGAUGAGCUUGAAAAAACAGCUGAGUGCAUAGCCCCAGAUAUGAUUCCCCCUUUUCUAUCCUGUAUAUUGGAAAUAGAUUCAGAACAGAAGAGUGCAGUUCGACAGGAAUGCGUUCGGUUAAUGGGCACGCUAGCCAAAUUCCAUGAAGGUCUUAUUAGGCCUCACCUUCGUAGAAUGGUCAGCAGCAUUGUGAAGCGGCUCAAGGACCCUGAUUCUGCUGUGAGGGAUGCCUGUGUGGAAACAUGUGGAAUUUUAGCCUCGAAAUUGAUUAACGUUGGGGAUGAGGGUGAUGAGGUUUUUGUCACUCUGGUUAAACCCAUUUUUGAAGCCUUGGGGGAACAGCAUAAGCAUAUGCAGUCAGGUUCAGCAUUUUGCUUGGCAAGGAUUAUUGACAACUCUCAGGAUCCACCUGUCUCUAUUUUGCAGCGGAUGUUGGCAAGAACCACAAAGCUACUUAAGAACCCGCACUUUAUGGCAAAGCCAGCUGUAAUUGAUUUAAACAGAAGUAUUAUCCAGGCUGGGGGUGCUUCAAAUCGAAAUAUUCUCUCUGCUGCAAUGCUUGGGAUCCAAGAAGCUCUCAAGAAUAGUGAUUGGACCACUCGUAAAGCUGCUUCUGUUGCAUUAGGUGACAUUGCUGCAAGCUGUGGGUCCUUCCUGGGGUCUUUUAAGGCUUCCUGCAUUCGCUCCCUUGAAUCAUGUCGAUUUGACAAGGUGAAACCAGUUAGGGACAUUGUACUCCAGACCCUUCAGUAUUGGAAUAACAUUCAAGGGCCUGAUACUCCCGAACCUUCAGAGGCUGGAUCUUCGAUCAAAGAAAACCUUUGUGGUGGUGACUUCAGUGAUGUUACUAGUUCCGUAGAACAUGGAAAGAAGGUUGCUGCAAUUAGGAAGGCAGGUAAGGGUUCUACCAGAGGCAGGAUUCCACUAAACAUGAGGAAAACAUGUCAAAAUUAUUUGGAGAAUACUCAGCAUUUUAAGGCAAAUGACUGUCAUAUUGAAAUAGCUGUUCCACAAAACCGCAAUCUGUCUUUAUCAGGAUUUCACACUGAAGAAUCUGAAGGUAGUACUGUCACAAAGACAUUUCAAGGAGUGAGUACUGAUGCCACAGAUAUGCAAGAUAUCGAAUAUGACUAUGUCAGAAUGGAUGACAAACAAGAAUGUUCCUCUGUAUCCAAUUUUUUACCUGGGCAAGAAUUUGUAACAGUUUCCCAUGGAAGUCUUGAAGACAGUGGUAUGCACAAGACAACAGAUAGAAAUAAGCGAUUUGUCACUGAAGGGGCUGGUAGUGAGGGGCAAAUAUACUCGACAAAGGUGAAGGAUCGUAGAAGUCUUGAUUCCGUGGUCACAGAGUCUAGUUGCCAAAUUGCACAAGAAUGUGACUCAGAAAUUGCAAAUGACAUGGUUUGCAUUCGAAAGCAUCUUUUAGAAAUUGAAAACAAGCAAUCAAACUUGAUGGAUUUAUUCAAGGAGUUCACUUCGGGCAUAAUGGAUAGCUUGUCAGUGAUACAAUCAAGGGUGGUGGGUUUAGAACAUGUUGUUUAUGGAUUAUCUAAGGAUCUUUUGCACGGGAAUAGAUACUCUGAUCUGUCAAGCUCUAAAUUCACGAAGCAGAACCAAAACUUGAAUUCUCCUAGGCUUUCUACAUGCACUCCUAGGCCAUCUGUAGAUAUUCCCGGCCGACAGUCUUCGUUGUUGUCGCUUAAAAAUUCUAGCAUAUGGGAUGAAAAUGUCGCUGUUAGAAGCCGAUUAAGUAAUGCUGCUAAACAUGGAACUGAUACUUGGAAAAAGGUCAAUUCAGUUAAGAAUCCUCCCGAGAAGGAUCUUCAGAAGUAUUGUAGAGAGGGUAGGCGAAAUGGUAGCAGCCAUCAUCUGCGAAGUACUAAUGCAGUGUUUUCUUCAUCUCCCUGUGAAAAUGUAAGACAAUUUUCAGAUGGCAAGAACAGCAUUUCGAAACGUGUGUCGGGUUUUCUGUGUCAGGGGGAUGUGGAUGCUGCCUACAUGGAAGCCUUGCGUUCUGGUGACGAAGUUGUUCUGUUUGAACUUCUUGAUCAAACUGGACCUGUUCUUGAAUGUUUGUCACCUAAAAAUAUCGGCAAUAUACUCCGUGUUUUGGCAUCGUUCCUCCCUGAGCAAAGAUUUAUUCGUUGUAUAAUACCUUGGUUGCAGCAGGUAGUUGAUUUGAGCACAACGCAUGGAGCGAAUUCUCUCGGUCUCUCGGUGAAAGAAAGACAAGAAUUUGUACUUGCCAUCCAAGAGGCUUCAAAAAGUGAAUUUUCUAAUCCUGCAGAAACAAGACUGGUCACUCAACUAGCAACAAAAUUGUGCUAUAUAUGGGGGCAAUGCUCGUGAAGGCGGGCGGUAGAUCUCGAUGUUGCGGUAUUGAUCGAAGGAUUUCGAGACUGGAUUUUGAGAGUAAGUGUAUGUUUCAAUCCUAAGCACUUUUGUAGUUGAAGGGGGAGAUAUAGGAAGUUGGCACUCCAAAAUUUAUUUGCCUUUUUUUCUUCCUUUCAUGAUUUCUUAUCUGUAAGUUGAUUUUUAGGCUGUAGCUGAAUUGGGAUGCAACUUCUUAAUUGGUCUUGAAUCUUGAUAGACUUUUUAGACAUCCAGGGGAAGAAACUCUCCUUUUAGACCUUGUUGAUAACCACUCUAUUUAAAAGAU